AUGGAAAAGGAUUCCAUUUUGUAUAGAGUAUUACCGAAAAUAGAAGAAGGACUUGCAAGAAUUAAUAAUAGUGGUUUACCUAUUUCACCUGUGAUGCAGCUAUUAAUCUGUUUGCGAUAUUACGCUACGGCAAGUUUUUACGUCCCACAAACAACUAUAUCACGAGUAGUUCUUCGUGUCAGUUUACUGCUUGCCAGUUUGAUCAAUGACUACAUAAAAACGCCAAAAGAUCCAGAAGCACGUAUUGAAAAUCAGCGGUGAUUGAAUAAUCUUGCAAAAGGAAAUGGAACUAUUGAUUUACCAGGUGUGGACGGAGCUAUUGAUUGCACUCACAUAAGAUUAACAUCAACAAAAUUCCAAAAUAUGGAAGAAAUUUAUCGAAACAGAAAAGGAUACUUUUUGCUCAAUGUACAAGCUGUCGUUGGUCCUUGAAUGGAAUUUUUGGAGAUUGUACCAGAAUGGCCUAGCAGUGCACAUGACAGUCGAAUAUUCCGAAACUCUCGAUUAUAUAUGCGAUGCAUGAAAGGAGAAUUCGAUGGAAUGUUCGUCGGAGAUUCAGGAUAUCCAUGUUUACCUUUUCUUAUGACACCACUGAGAAAUCUCGAGGCUCCUGAUGAAUUCACGUACUCAUGUUUCGUUUAUGAAUAA